GUUUGGAAAGUUGCUAGGAAUGAUACCAGGUUCGAAUUAGGUAUAUGGGGCAGCAGCAGUGAUAAUUCAAUUGUUGACCUUGUGAAGCAGUGUGCGAAGCCAAUAUUGUUUUCUGCGUCAUUUAUCAAAUCUCUGUGCGAAGAAUGCUCAAAUGCUGAAGACCUAAUAAAAGAUUUGGAUAAAUUUGUGUCAAAGGACACAAAGAAUCGCUUUUCAGACCACUGGUGCAACACACGGCUUGGAAAGGAGGAUGAGAAACGAAUCGCUUUCCGACGAGGAGCACUCAAAAAGGCUGCCAAUGGACUUCAGAAGGUGUAUGAGAGACUUACCUCCAUUGGAUCGUCUCCUUCUUCGCGUAAACGGAAGAAUCUUCAGGCCUUUUUCGUUUUACUUCCAAUUCUCCUGACCCAAUUAUGUGACGCUUUGUCCGCACUGAUGUCUACAAAUGAUCAGAAAAUUAUGUUGGAAUCGUUAAUUUUCGUUGAACGUUGGUGCUCUUUAUGCAUUAAAGGAAGCUGGGAGAAAUUUGUUGAAACCUAUAAUAAAUUUAGCGAGGAAAUAUCACAAAUAAUGCGAAAAAAGAAAGUGGCAGACGAGCUUGCAUGUGAUAGUUAA